UUUUUACUCUUCAGUUUAAGAAAAUAACCUUAGAAAAUGAGUGCUGCAAAGGGUCGAAAAGAACUUUUUGAAUUGUUAAACAAGUUGGCAAUUGUCACAGAAACAGUAGAACAUCCUGCUGUUUUUACUGUCGAAGCGAUGAUGGAACAUUUGGGUAACAUUAACGGUUUAAUUACAAAGAAUCUGUUCAUGAAGGACAAAAAGAAACGACUGUGGUUACUGACUGCAGUUCAUUCUCAAGAGGUCAAGUUGAAUGACGUAGCUAAAAAGCUCGGGGCGUCUGGUGGCUUACGACUUGCUGACGAGGCGAUUAUGAUUGAAAAAUUAGGCGUGGCCCAAGGUUGUUGUACACCACUAUCAAUUUUUAACGAUGUCGGCAAUGACGUUAGGCUAGUUGUCGAUUCGAAGCUGUUAGAAGAUGGUAUCAAAGUUUUUUCGCAUCCACUAGAAAACACAGCCACUACGGGUAUGUCAUCGGAAGAUCUUAAAAAAUUUAUUGCAGCCACUGGACACGAAGCUAUUUCAUUGAACUUUGAUGAACUAUGAAUGAAUUUUUAACACAGCGUCCUGCUUUAUUUAUAUUAGAUAUUUAUAAAAAUAAUUAAAAUAAUAAAAAAAAUAUCCCUUCGCUUA